GAUUUUGUAAAAUGAGGACAUUUUAUUUUAGUUACUCAAACGCAAUGCACUUUAUUUUGAAAGAAAAACAAUCGGAAAUCGUCUUAUUGUUCAACUUGGCUAAGCUAACUACCGCUAGUUUGCUACACUCACAAGAUUUCAUUGCAAAAAACGAGUAUAUGAUAAAAAAGGUAUAAUGCAGAAUCAGUGCGCUGUGCCGAACUGUACAGGUGGCAAAGCAGACACUCAGCCACGCUUCAGGUUUCCGCUUGAUCCAGAAAGGUCCAAGAAGUGGGUUGAAAAAUGCCAGAGGCCAGAUCUCGCAGAAAAAUCACCAGACCAGCUGUAUAGAUACUACAGACUAUGUGGGAAACAUUUUGAACCAUCACUGAUUGAUCGGGAUGCCCAGGGUACAGUGUUGAAGGAUGAUGCCAUACCAACUAUCUUUGAUGUACCGGGCCAACCUCAAAAUGGGCAGGGCAAGCGCGGUAAAGAAAUGACCAAAGAUGAUGAAACGGAGAAGAAGGGGAGAAAAAAAAUGAAAAAGUCUCCAGCAGAGACCGCUAAGGAGGACGCCAAGCCGCUCUCAGAUGAAGACGAAUACAAAGAGUAUCUUAAGUCAUUAUUUGAAGUUCUCGUACUGUUGGGAGAGCAAAGCAUUCCUCCGACGGGGCCUGGGGAUAAUAAACAGGACGGCCUUGGAUCAAGCAACUUUCAGGCGUUGUUAGAAUAUCGCAUGAAUUGCGGGGACGAAGUCCUCAAGAAGAGGCACGAAGAGAAUAAGGAGUGCUGCUCCUCAGCUCAGCUAAAUCAGCUGAUCGAGGUGUGCGAGACGUGCAUCCGCAGUAAGCUGGUGGAGGAAGUCAAACAAAACGGCUAUUUCUCAUUACUUACUGAUGACUUGGUUAAGAUCUCAGGAGAAUGGCACCUCCCGGUCUUUCUGCGUUAUGUGGACCAGUCCAACUGCCAGCAGGAGAGGUUUGUUGGGUUCACGUCCUUUGAAGGUGAAGGAGACGCCUUAGCAGAGACUCUUCUGUCUGAAAUGACUGAGAAAUGGGGCUUGGAUAUGGAGCAGUGUCGAGGUCAGGCCCACUCCUGCACCGGGACACAUUUUAGUAAGAUCAAAACAUUUGCGUCCAAGCUGACGGAGCGGUAUCCCAUGGCAACGCUCACACUAAGAUCUACUCUUCCAUUGAACUUGUCCCUGGCAAACAGCAUGGCUCUGCCAGGGGUUCAGCUCGUUCUGUCCACCUUCAAGAAGAUCGACUCGUUCUUCGGCCAGUCCUCUUUGCUGCAGUUGGAGUUGGAGCACGCCAUUUCCAUUUUCUACCCGGACAAAGAAGAGAAGGCCAAGGAGCUGAAGGAGAUCUGUGCAACCAGCUGGACCAGACGGCAAGACGCGUUCGAGGUGGCGGUAGAAAUCCUGGAGGCGCUGCUUCUCUGCGUGGACAGCGUCCAUGACAACGAGGACAUGAGGUGGGACGAUCAGGUCACCCACAACGCCUUGGAGAUCUCAAAAGCACUCGCUGAUUUUGAGUUCGUUAUGGCGCUGGUCGUGCUGAAGAACGUCCUGACGCUCACUCAAGCGUUCGGGAAAAACGUGCAAGGGACGCCAACAGACGCCCACUUUGCCGCGACCAGUUUGACGGCGGUGUUGCACUCUCUGAAGGAAGUGUCCGACAACCUCGACGUGUACCACGAGUUCUGGAACGACGAGGCCGCCAACCUGGCUGCCGCCAUGGAGAUCCCAGUCAAGGUUCCUGGGUCGUUCUUGAGGAAGCACCAGUCAGAAGGCGGAGCGAUUCGUCCGGAGAGUUACUUCAAGGAGCACCUGUCGGUCCCCAUGGUGGAGCACAUCAUCAGAGAGGUGAAUGACCUCUUCUGUGAGGACCACCUGAAGGCUCUGAGAGGCCUGUCGCUGGUGCCGGCCGUCAUCGAGCAGAACAAGUCGACCGAACCGGACGAAGAGAACAUGCAGGCGUUUAAAGACUACAUCCCCAACGCAGCUACGCUCUCCGCCGAGCUGCACUGUUGGUGGGUUAAAUGGAGCAAAAAGGGCAAAGGAGAGACGUUCCCAUCCAACCUGCGGGAAACUCUGCAGCUGGCUGACGUCAAGUUCUUCCCCAACAUGCUUGCCGUCCUGAGGCUGGUCAGCAUCCUGCCCACCCUGGUGCUGGAGGACAGCUGUGAUGUGGCGUACAAGCGGUUUAAGAUGUACAUGGAGAACACGCCUGACAGAUUCAAAGCAAAGAGUCUGGCACUGCUGAACAUGAACUAUGAUGUUGGGUUUGAUCUGGAUUCAAUGGUGGAGGUCUACAUGAAGACAUACCCUGACAGGGAGGAGGAGUCUUAGUCGGUUAUGAUAUGGUAGUAAAGCCACUGUCAUCUUUGUUUUUGUUUUUUAUUAUCUAGACUAGGGGUAGGCAACCUGUGGCUCUGGGGCCACAUGUGGCCCUUCAGGCCGUCUGCAGUGGCUCCAUGU